AAACUCGAUUGCCUUGGACGUGUGGACGGUUGGUCGUCGCGUAAUUUGUUUGUAGCCUAAAUACAAAGAAAGCAGCAGAAAAAGAGAUACCCCAGUUUUCCAGUGCCGCUGCAGUGCAUAACGAGAGCGUAAACACGCGCCAAAUAGGAGCUGCUACGCCCGAUAACAUCCUUGUAUGUUAAUAGUGUAUACACACUAUGGGCGCGUCUCUUUUUGUUCAUUCGUGUGUGUGUGAGUCUGACGUCUCUUCGUCUGUGUCUGUGUCUUGCCCUCGGCCAAAGUAAUUGCACAGCUUAUUUAUAUUCAAGAUUCAAAACCCGCGACUGUCGGGGAAUCAAGCAGUAGCAGUGUGCUGUUAAAAUAUUGAAACAAGUGUCGUCGAAUUGUGAUUUCUCGUUGGUUAUAUUUUCGCACGCACACACACACACAGCCAGCCAGCGGUGCUCUCAAACACACUCGCGCACACAAGCAAAACGAGAUUUUGCAAGUCGCCGUACGACGCCCGUAGUUGUAGUUGUGUUGGUGCUAGUGCUGGUGCUUGUGCAACUACAAAAUCCAAUUGAUUAUUGCUGGGCAUAACUGGUACCCUGUACCCUGUACCCUGUAACCCAAACCCCCCAAACCACCUAGCAAGUAAGCCUUUGCCACCUGCCCCAGCGUCCGUGACUGUGCGAGACAGUCGUGGUGAUAAUAAUAGGAAUUCCUACUCGCCGCCGCUCGUGGGUUUCAACGCGAAAAGCCACAAGUGAAAGUGGCAGACCCUACUUAUCUGCGCUAAUUGGCAUCGGCAUCAAGUCUUCGAUACCCAGUGGAUUAUAUCGCUUGAAUAUCAGGAAACUCGCCUGCAGCUACGACAAUAACAAAGGCCGCUGUGAUAUGAGGGCCACACGCUUCGCGACGAUGAGCGGAGGCGACAGGGCGGAUAGCUGAAAAGUCGACCCAUGACUCAGAACGACAUUAUUCACUCGCUUUUGCCUAUAGCCGUGCAAUGGAACAGGAAAGCAAUCCCAAGGUUGUGCCACAAAAAACUGCGUAUCUAGCCAUUUAAGAAAAGUCAAUAACCGAAUAACGCCAAAAGUUAUACCCUGCCUACUCUACACCCCACUCCCCACAUCGAAAAUCAAAAUGAACUCCGUCAUAUCUGCAUUUAAGGGAAAAAAGAAUAGCUCAGCGAAUUGCAAUUCGCCCACAAGCUCUGCAAACGGCAUCGUUCCCGGAGAGAGCAAACAGACGAACCACGGCGUAGGAAUCGUGGGCGUGGGCAUCAGCAUAGCCAGCGUGGGCGGUGGCGUGGCCAAGAAGAAGCCGGUGGCCCAGAGCAGUGGUUACCAGUACUUGCGUCACAUACGCGAGAUCGAGACUGCCAACAAGCUCCUGUCACCCGUCGUAGUUGUGGCGGAGGAGAGGCCAGCCGGCAAGGCCGGUACCGCCCCGGCAGUGGCGACCAUGGCCGCCGGAGUCGAUGUGGUGGACCACUGUCUGCCUGCAACGGUACGAUUGUCCAAUGCCGAAGCGCUCUCCGACUUCAACAUGAACGGAAAGACUGUCGGAGGCGUGGGCCCAUCCACUGGGGUUGGCAACAACGCAAACUUGGAGGUGACCGACACCUGGAUUUGUCCUGCGACGACGGACGACGAAGACAUCUCCGAGCACUCGACCGCCGCCUGCACCAGCACCAGUAGCUCCAGCGAACACAGCAACAGUACUGUGGUGCACAGUCCAACGGUUGUGGAUAGCACCACUGCCUCUGUGUCCGCAUCGGUUAGCCAUCCAAGUCCCAGCCUAAGUCUGCACAGCUCCUCCUCGGCCACCUGCGGGAUGAGUAGUCCGCAUAGCCAGUCGUCGCUCGCCAUAACCUGUGAGCCGCACUCCAACUCCACCACAACGAUAUCCUCGGUGGGAUCGGACUUGGGUAACGGAAAUGGAAAUAACAUACCCGCCUUCUUAAUGGUCGCCCCGGUAACGUUGCCCAUUGGAGGCCAGAUGCAGAUGACCACGGGCCUGCCAGGAGCCAGCUCGGCUGCCAGUACGCCCAAGCAUUCGCGCUACUCCAAGCCCCGUCUCAGCCUGAGCCGAGUGUUUAAUCACUCCAUGCCAUCCGUGCACGGUCGCGCCAAUCUUAGUGUGGCGCAGUCUACAGACGGAGGACCAGGUGCUUCCACGGGAAGUGCUGCGAUUCCACCGAAACGUAUUUCCACGCACCAAAGAAAUUUAAGUUUGGAUUUCAGAUCCAUGGGCAUACUGCUGCCGCCCGUCUCGCAGGUGACCAAUACUCGCAUCAAUCAUACGCAGCAUCACCGCAAUCGCAGCCUCGACAGCGCCCUGCAACGCAUUCCAGAGGUCGAAGUGUCAUCUCCAAAUGCCGAGAGUGAAAACACGUUCUGUUCCCCGUCCAUACUCGGUGCAAAUAUGUGCUCGAAGAUUGCCACGACAGCUGCUAGUGUAACGGCAGCCCUGUCUCCUCCAGCAACGCCCACGCCGGCCCUGAUGUCGGUGACGACUCCGACGGCGUCCUUAUCCACGACUACAGCCACUAAGGGAAAUAUGUCACAUCCAGUGCCGAAGCAUCAACAAUCGAUUUGUCUGACAGCCGCUUGCAGGUCCAGUGCCGUCGUGGAGUCCUGCCCAACGCUGCGGGUGCGGCCCAAGUCAAGCGAAUCAGUUGCGGCCAAUGGGCAGGAGAUGAUCGGGGCUAUUGUCAGUGGCGCCGGCAACGGAGGUAGCAGCAGCAACAACAGCUGCAGCAGCGCGGGCAGCAGUAAGAAGCGAGAGGAUCUCACCAGUCUCGGAUCGGAUGACUCUGGCAUCAUCUGUGGCUCAGAGUCGGACCAAAUAUCACUGAAUCGCAUAUGCCACUCACAUGAAUCGCUCGAUUCGGGUGAGAUGGAUGCGGACGCCGAAGCGGAUGGCGAUGCAGAGGAGGAGUGCGUUGAUCUAAUGGAAACCACGUCUAUAGACGAGGAGUACAACUUAAUGCAACCGGACCAUCUCUGUUUUUAUCCCACACACGGCGCUUCCACCGAAUCGGACUGUCGCACCCUGCGUCCAUCUCGCAAACAGAAGCGUCAGCAACAGCGAGCCCUGGAGCAAACUAAUUUAGUUAACCAAAACCAGCACAAUAGUGGAGAACCAGUGGAUGCAGACGUUGACCCACGAACACGAUACCGUGUUAUGAACAUGUCCCAGGCAGCUAUCAAUGUUGAACUCGGCGCAGCUCCUAAUGAAAUCGAAGCAUUGGCUUGCGACAAGAAAUCUAGCCAAGGUCCGAUGGUGGAGGCAAAUUCCUUGCUAACACCAUGCUCUGCAGUAGCGACGCCAGUGACGCCAGCCACGCCGUUGGCAACUCCAACGCCGAUUGCAACUCCCACGCCAACGGAGAGCACAAAGAAUGACCAAGUGCUAUUUAAAAAUUUCUUUGGGGCCACAAAGAACGCCAUCUUUCGCACGGCCCAGAGCAUUAUCGAAAACCAUGAAAAAAAGAACGCGGCCAAGCAAAAGGAGCAGCCCGAUCACUCGGCAGCCUUGGCCUUAGUAAGUUCGCCAAGUGUAGGCGCCACAUCGCCACAGGAUCAGGUCAAGUCACCCACGGACAUUUCGAAAAAAAAAGAAUUUUUCAGUUUGCUAACUUCGAGUUCCAGCAAAAAGGCCGCCGCUGCAGCAGCUGCGGCUGCUGCGAGCUCAGCUGCCAACACACCUGUCGCCACGCCAACGGAAUCACAAGCGGUAUCGGCGGAUUCAAAGCUCCAACAGAUUACUGAACCUUCUGCCGACUCCAAGAUAAAUGAGCGGACACUCAAUUUGCGCCUCCCUGGAGCAGAUAGUGAAGCUAAUGAGGGAGAACUUGCAAAAUGUUCAUCAAUGAACUCGCUACACAAACUCAAGCUCCCUGUUCCCGGUGUCGUCAAAUACUUUAUCAGUGAAAGAGCGCCCGUGUCGGACUUGCUACAGAAGCCAGAAAAAGGGCAAAGCGGCCUGUUGCGUUUCUUUGAGUCCCCAGUCUUUAACAUACAUUUCGCUGUCCAUUACCUAUUUUACUCGAAGGAACCAGGAGUGCUCAGCUUUAUAGGCAAUAAAAUCUUCAGUUUUCCUGACCAGGAGGUCGAUCUGUACAUACCGCAACUGAUAGUCAUGUACAUUCAGAUGGAUGAACUAGCCGAGGUUCUGGAUCCUUAUCUGACCAUUCGGUGUCGAAAGUCAGUGGACUUUUCGCUCAAGUGUUUGUGGCUCUUGGAGGCCUACAACUAUCAAGUGGACUCGCUGGGAAACUCGCACAGCAGCUCCCGAAAAUCUAAGCUGGCGCUCAUGAAGGAAAUAUUCUCCAAAAAGGAGCUCAAACAGGCCCAGAAUGACCUCAAGUCUGCAGGCAUAGGGGACCCGAGAUCCAUAGUGGCCUUCGCCAAGAAGACACACCACCGCUCACAGUCGGAUGCCACUGUGCUGCUAGCCGACUCUCGCUCGCCUCACACACUAAGUAUAUCUCACCGAAUGUACCAGCAACCACCCUACACUACGCAAACACUUCCCACCACACCCGCUAAACUGUGCCUGGGAGACUUAACCUCAGGUCACGCCUUCGAUAAUGGCUGCACCUGCUUUGAGACGGUGAGGGGCCAAGUAAAUGGACUGCUGGGCCAGAGGACGCUAUGCAGCUGUGGAGCUCCGAAGACGGCGCCGCAGAAAGAGUUUAUGAAGGCAUUGAUGAACGUGGGUAAAAAUCUAACAUCAUGGCCUUCGAAAGCAGAGAAGACUUCAGCGCUGCGGAUGUCCCUCAAUUUAAUCAACAAGAACCUACCCGCAAGAGUCUGGCUUCCUCUCUACUCGGACAUACCGCACCAUGUCGUUCGCAUUACGGAGGAGAAGACCGCUGUACUCAAUUCAAAGGACAAAACGCCGUACAUCAUAUACGUAGAAGUGGUCGAGAUUCCUGACAUAUACACUUCUCCCCUGAUACCGAAGAUGAUGCCUUCGCUGCGACACACGAAGAGCGAAGAGCACUUGGAGGGGUCCUGCCUGAACUCGCACCAGCACCUGAGCUGUAGCCGUACUUCCAGCUGCAGCAGUAGUCAGCAGGGAACAAGCUGGCGGCGAAAAAAAGGUGCAGAUGGCGAUGGUGGCUGCGGCGACGCUGGUCCACAUAACUGCUGCGGGAACGCACAUUCGCUGGGUGGACUCCAGCUCCAAGAGGAUGACGUGUGGUCCCAGGAGGAGGACGAGAUUACGGCGCAGUACCUUAACAUGCGGAAAGUGAGCGAGCGGGACACGAUCUCACAAAUGUCACUAGAGUCUUGCGAUUCGCGGGACCAAGGUCCACCAAUUGUCUUCAACAUUGGAGACGUACGCUUGCGCCACUGCAGCAACUUGAGCUGCGAGAAUACUAAAUCCUUUAGCAACGAUCCGGAAGAUCCGUCGGCAGCGGCCCUAAAGGAACCAUGGCACGAAAAGGAAAUGCUCAUUCGCGAGUCUUCGCCAUACGGUCAUCUAUCAAACUGGCGGCUGCUUUCCGCCAUCGUCAAGUGUGGCGAUGAUUUACGACAGGAACUUAUGGCUACCCAACUUUUAGAGAUGUUUAAAAUUAUAUGGCAAGAAGAACAAGUGGACCUUUGGGUACGUCCGUACAAAAUAGUCUGCCUGUCGAAUGAUAGUGGCCUUAUUGAGCCCAUACUCAACACCGUAUCUCUGCAUCAAAUUAAGAAGAACUCCAACAAAUCAUUGAAAGAUUAUUUUAUCGAUGAGUACGGCCCAACCACCGGGGAAAGUUUUCGGCGCGCACAGAAGAAUUUCGUGCAAAGCUGUGCCGCUUACUGUCUAAUUUCAUAUUUGCUGCAGGUCAAGGAUAGGCAUAAUGGCAACAUUCUCUUCCAUUCGGAUGGGCACAUCAUACACAUUGACUUCGGAUUCAUUUUGAGUAUAUCUCCAAAGAACUUGGGUUUCGAACAAUCGCCCUUUAAGCUUACGCCAGAAUUUGUUGAAGUCAUGGGAGGCACCAGCUCAGAGCACUGGCGUGAAUUUAAUAGGCUCUUGUUGGUUGGCAUGAUGUCGGCCCGAAAGCAUAUGGAUCGUAUUAUAAACUUUGUGGAAAUCAUGCGUAGCAAUGCUCAUUUGCCAUGCUUUAAGAAUGGUUGCUCUGGAACUGUACAGAAUCUCCGAAAACGCUUUCAUAUGAAUUUAACCGAACAAGAAAUGGAACGAAAAGUUGAGCAGCUUGUACAGGACUCGUUGAAGAGUUUGUCAACCAAACUGUACGAUGGUUAUCAGUACUAUACGAAUGGCAUAUUGUGAGAACGGUUUUUUAUGAAGAUCUAAGUGGGUAAUCAUAAGAAGCAUAUUGAUAAUGCCAAGCUGGUAACCAAAACAAUGGACUGACUUUUUUGUAAAGGAAUUAUUGUAUAUUAUAUAACAUGUAAUUAUCAGCGACAAAAAACAAAAAGAAUGAAAUUGUACCAAACCUAAAUCUGUUAUCGUAGCUUAAAUCGUUCGUUGUAUGCGUUUGCAUUGUUGAAUUAGCAUAAUGUGUAUGUUGUCUAGCUUAUAAGAAAAAAGUGUAAAUGUUUUGAAUGUAAUUUUAGUUCGUUUGAGUAAGGUCGCGAGUGUCAGUCUGUUAUUCCAUUUUGAAAUUCAUAAUUUACUACUUGUACAUAUAUACACAUUUUCAAUAACCAAGCUUACAUUUCGAUAACUUGUUUGGUUGCUACGCUUAUAUAUUCAUCCCUUACCUACAUUUUAUACUUUUGUAAUUCACGAGAAUAUCUUUAAAAUUAUCUAAUUCCAAUUUUACGUCUUAAGUGUAAGGUUAAAUGCCACUUUGCUGCAGCUUAAAAUACAGCAAUAUAAUCUUUAAGGCCUUCAAUUUAAUUAUUAAACAAAUUUACAUAAUUUUAAAAUGGAUAUGCCACGAGUACAUACAGAAAUAAAUGAAAAGCUUAAAUCGCCGUCAACUCUGUAUUUGCCUAUUUAACCAAUUAUAAAACUAAAAUAAAUCCUAAUGAUUUUCUAACUUAAUAUACUUCUAAGCUAUUGCGAUAAAGAUGGGAAAUCAAAGCAUACGAAACAGUACUAAAACAAAUAGCUAGGCACUGAAAGUGAACAAUUUUGAGUUUGUAAAAAAAGUGAGCAGCACUUGAAAUAUUACAUACUUGGUGUAAUUUAACUUAUGUUGCACGCAAACAUUAGCUACAAGUAUUUGAAAAUGUAAAUGAAUCUUUCUACAAUUUAUUAAAUAAUGCAACUAAAAUAAAUGAGCAUAUUGAUAUACAA